AUGUGGAUCUUUGGAAGAAAGGGGCCAUCUGGGUUCUCAUCCAGUUCUACAGAUAAGGAAAUUACCCUAGGAAUUGAUGGAACAGGCCUCACUGCUAUUGUUACAGGAGCAUCAGGUGGUAUUGGAAUGGAGACAGCAAGGGUCCUUGCCUUGCGCCAUGUUCAUGUGGUUAUGGCAGUGAGAAAUAUGGAUUCUGGUAGGAAAGUCAAAGAUAAUAUACUUCAGGACAUUCCUACAGCUAAAAUCGAGGUUAUGGAAUUAGAUCUUAGCUCAAUGGCAUCAGUAAGGAAAUUUGCUUCAGACUACAAAUCCUCGGGUCUUCCCCUAAACCUCCUCAUUAACAAUGCAGGGGUUAUGGUUCCUCAAUUCAUGCUUUCCCAAGACGACAUAGAACUGCACUUUGCAACGAACCAUCUAGGACACAGCGUCUCAAUGCAACGUAGAAGGAAGGUCAUUAAUGUUUCAUCUGAGGGUCACUGGUUUCUAUACAGUGAAGGAAUACAAUUUGACAAAAUCAACGAUGACACAAGAUACAAGUAUGGACAGUCAAAGCUUGCUAACAUAUUGCAUGCUAAUGAACUUGCAUGGCGCUUGAAGGGAGCAGCCACCACAUGCUACAUAGCAUUGCAUCCACAAGAAAAGGGUGUGAGUGGUGAGGAUUUCUCGGACUGCAACGUAGCCAAAGCGAGCUCUAUGGCUGAAGAUAGAGAAUUGGGGAAAAAACUGGGGGACUUUAGCUUGAGCUUGACAGAUCCCAAGUAG